AUGCAUACAAGAUUCAUUUCAAUCACUAAUGAGCUACACUGUUUAGGAGAAGCGAUUCCUUUAUACAAUCAGAUGAGAAAGAUUCUGGGGGUUGUACCUAAAUCCAGGGAAUGCAAAGUGGAUUCUAUUAUUGAGGCAAGGAACCUGAAAACUUUCACUAUGGAUGAGCUUAUUGGCAAUCUGAAGACAGAUGAACUUAAGAAGCAGCAAGGAAAAGAGAAAAAAGAAAUAUCUAAAACUGAGGAACAGGUUACUAAGUUGAAAUCUAAAAAUCAGAGUCUAGUGAAUCAACUAGAGAAAGUAGGUAAUGCUAAUGAUAAAGGAAAGGAAAAUGCUAUAGAAAAUAAAGUAGAAGAUCAGAAGCUUGAAUUAAUUACUUUAACUCUCCAGAUAUCUGAAACUGAGAAACAAGUUGCUAAGUUAAAAUCUUCAAAUCGAAGUAUGGUGAGCCAAUUGGAGAAAAUAGAUACUUUAAAUAGUAAAAGAAAGAAGGAAGCUUCAAAGCUUCAAAUUGAGCAUGAAGAAAUAUUGGGGGAUUCUCAAAAGGAUCUCAUGACUGCACUUCAUAAGAAUGAUAAAUUAGAAAGGGACCUGAUCCGUCUGACAGAAGAACUUAGUAUACACCCAUGGGAACAGCUUUGGAAGAAGACAGAUGUGUUGCACAAAAUUAAUGAUUAUCUCAAGAAAGAGAGGGACCUGGUACUAUCUCUCAAGAGGUCUGAUCUUUCCAGCAGUGUAGAAAUGGUAGCUGAGAAUUUGAUUCUACUUGCAUAUGAUUCCAAGGAAAGCUCAGUUAGUGCUAAAGAGCAAAUAGUUGGCAAGAAGGAUGAUGUAACUAUGGGUGGAGAGACUUUUCUACCUCUAAAUGAGGGUGAUGAUGAUGAACCACCUUUGAGAUGGCCUGUGAAAAAAUAA